AUGGACGUCGAGUUCCGCGACAUCAACAGCAACCACGUCUGCAUCGGCGUCAACAGCCUCAUCUCACGGCAGGCCAAGCUGGCUGGGUACUGCAGCGACGAGAACGGCACCUUUCAAGAGCUGAGGCUGAACAGCCGCCAACCGAUGCAGGUGUGGGUAGACUAUGAUGCACAGGCCAGACGACUCAACGUGACAUUAGCGCCCGCGCAUGUACCAAAGCCCAAGAUUCCUCUACUCUCCGAAGUCAUUGAUCUCUCCACGGUCAUGGCGGACAAGAUGUACGUUGGCUUUUCAGCUUCCGGAGGUUGGGGCGUAGGCACACACCACUAUGUCCUUGGAUGGAGCUUCAGCUUGGACGGACCUGCCCCGCUGCUAGACUUCUCCACGCUUCCCGUCCUACCACGCCUGGGUCCCAAACCUCAGUCAAAGAUCUUGGAUGUCGCGCUACCACUGGCCGCGGCAUUGUUUGUCAUUGCAAUGCUAGCUAUCAUCUUCUUCUUCUUCUUGUGGCAUCGGCGUCGAUUUUCUGAGGUACGAGAAGAUUGGGAGGACGAGUUCGGCCCACAUCGUUUCGCGUACAAGGAUCUAUUUCAUGCCACUGAGGGGUUUUCUGGUACGAAUUUACUUGGUGUGGGAGGAUUUGGAAGAGUGGACAGAGGAGUGCUUUUUCCGUCCAAUUUGAAGGUUGCGGUGAAGAGAGUGUCACAUGAUUCGAAACAAGGAAUAAGGGAGUUAAUCGCGGAGGUGGUGAGCAUUGGCCAUCUCCGCCACCGUAAUCUCGCUCAGUUACUAGGCUACUGCCGGCGAAAGGGUGAACUUCUCUUGGUUUAUGACUACAUGGAAAAUGAUAGUCUUGACAAGUACUUGUACAAUAAAAACAAACCAACGCUACACUUAUCCGAGAGGUAUCGGAUUAUCAAAGAUGUCGCAUCAAGUUUGUUGUAUCUUCAUGAGGAAUGGGAGCAAAUCGUCAUCCAUCGAGAUAUAAAGGCUAGUAAUGUGCUUUUGGACAACCAGAUGAUUGGACGGCUUGGUGAUUUUGGUCUAGCAAGGUUAUAUGAUCAUGGGACAGUUGCUACAACAACACAUGUGGUGGGCAUCAUGGGGUACCUUGCACCCAAACUUAUACGCACAGGAAAGGCAAAACCCUUAACCGACGUGUUCGCAUUUGGCAUGUUUGUCCUAGAGGUCGCCUGUGGGCGUAGGCCAAUUGGAAGAGCAAGGACAUCACACAAGUAG